CUUGUAGAGGAGGAGGAUAAGGAAAAAGAAAGAAAAACAAUGGUCAUGAUAUUUUUGCAAAAUCCACGAGCUAUUAACGCAACCUGAUCUCUCCCCUGUGCAACACCCAAAACCCUCCCCACAUCCAAUUUUUCUCUGCUUCCACUCGUCUUCCCAAUUCCUGCAAAUCAAAUCCCUAAAGCUCAUUACCCAAUGCAUUCUCCGUAGAAAAACCACCCCAUGGAGCUUCACAUCUCUACCGGUCUCCACAAAUUCCCUUACCCCUCCUUGCACCCUCACUCCCCCAAACGGUUAUUCUUCACCUCUCACCUGUUCCACGGAUUCAAUUUCCCAACCCGAUUGAAACCCAACUCGAGGACUCUCCGUUUCGCAUUGUGUUCCGAGAAAGAUUCCUCGCCGAACGGGAGUCCGUUCCGCGAGAAUCGAGAGGAGGGUGGGAGGAGUUCGCGCGAGGAUUCUGGGUUCGUUGAAGUGAUCGGAAUCGGGAGCAGAAAAGAUGCCGUCCUCGACUUCUGCUUGGACUCGCCUUCUCUUUGGCCGUCUUUGAGGUUCUGGGAUAUUUUCUUUGAAGAUUCAUUAAAGGUGCAAUUACAACAACGCUACCCUGGUAAAGAUGUUACACUAGGCAUUUUGGAAGCUCCGUCAGUGUUGCUGUCUUGCUCCAAAGCAAUUAUCCUUGUGGCUACUGCAGGUUAUGGUGCAGAUCAUAUUAGAGCAGUUGAUAUACUUAAGACAGUGAAAUCUACAAACAGAUUAGUUGUUGGUAUCAUUCUCAAGCCCUUCAGCUUUGAAGGACGAAGGCGCCAAGAUGAGGUCAAGGAUUUGAUACAAAACCUACAGGAUCACACCAAUUUCUGUAUCGUGGUCGAUGCAGAUGUACUGCUAGAAAAAGAACUAGUGACAUUAGAUGAGGCAUUAAAGACUGCAAACACAGCCGUUUUGAUGGCCAUAAAUGGGCUGUCUAUUCUUACAUCUGAAAGCCAAAAGAAGCUUCUGGACUCCCAACACGAUAAUGUGAAAGAACUCAAUGUUUCAGACAUAAUGAAAAUUCUGGAUAGUUACAGAGAAGCAAAAAUUGGAUUUGGAGCUGGUCACAACAUGAAAACAUCAAUUAUGCGAGCUGUGUAUGACUGCCCCUUCCUUGGUGUAGGUUUAAAGGAUUUGGAUGGCGUUGUUAUCUGCAUCCUCUCAAGCUCAGCUGUUAUUGACAGAAGUGAUGUGAAUGCUUUUUUGCAUACUUUUCGCCAAACUACUGAAUGCAUGGGAGGAAUUAUAAUAUCUUUAGUUCAUGAACCCAAUAUGGAGCCCAACCUAAUAAUGGCAACAGUUCUUACCAUAGGUCACACCAGACAUCAGGUUUCUCAAGAAAGUAGCAUUUUCUCUAGACUGGCGCAGCAUUUUCCUUUUAUCGUCAAUCUUUUAAGGAGAAACCGUCCACAAUCUCCUGAGGGUGAGGAAAGUUAUUUUCCUGAGGAUCCAUCUUUUUCUGAAGCAAACAAUACAGAUUCUGGCGAAAUGCAGAAUGAAAUUCCUGCACAUAGUACAUGUGAAGAUUUUGGCAUUUACUCCACUGAACUGCAGACCGUAUUGAGCAACAAUGGCGUUGAAACGUAUUAUUUGAGGGGUUUUGACAGUAGCUUUGAAAAAAAGGAUGUUGAAUACUCAGAGACCACAACUGAUUCUUCCGAUUUUGAUGACCUAAACGUGGGAGGAGUGCCUGCUUUUCAAAGGGAGCCACUUAUUCCGCGAAACUUGGGACCAGGAUUUCGGAUUUCAGAAGAAUGGACCAAUCAAGGAGCCAAUGACUGCAGAGCCAUAUCAACGCUUGAUAAUUUAAGAAUCUACAAACUUCCGGUUGGUGUAAAACCCUCAGAAGAGUUAAAGAAUUGUCUCAAUCUGUCAAAUACGAUUCAUCACCAAGAGAAAUCAGGUAAGGAAGACAUGAUGGCCCAAACUCAGGCUCCUCCAAGGAUGUCUUGGGAUGCAUUAACUGAUGCAGGUUUCGAAGCGGUUUCAGAAUUUUAUGAUAGUGCUUCAGCCAUAUUCAAGGGAACUGACACUGAUGUUUGUAAGAAGCAAGGAGUUCUUUCUGCUCGUGCAUCAUCUAUGCUGCUGAAUCAGACAAUCACCUCCAUGGAAUGGAUUUCAUGGCCAGGGGCUAUUAGACAGUGUCGACUUUCAGUAAGGUUCCUAGAAUGGGUAAAAGAAGCUGAACGAGAAUCACAACAGAAGUGGAACCCUAUAGUGGAAAUAAGUUAUAGAGGAGGAAAAUAUAAAGGGCGUUGCCAGGGAGGUCUGCCAGAAGGGAAGAAUUCUCAGGGUCGACUCUCUUUAAGGAAUGGGAGCAUUUAUGAGGGAAUGUGGCGCUAUGGUAAGCGAUCAGGUCUAGGUACAUUCAAAUUCAGCAACGGGGAUGCUUUCCAGGGAUCAUGGAGGGACGACGUCAUGCAUGGAAAGCUGCUAGUCAGGCGGAAGAGAGGCCCCUAGUGCUUAGGCCGAUUUCAUCGGGGCCUUGAGAUUAGUUGGUUUUUCUAUUUUUCCAAUUAUCUGCCCACCUCCCCCAAAGUUUGAGUAAGAAUGACACGAACACAAGAAUAGGAAGAAAAAAAUUAAGACCAAAAGUAGCAACAAAGAAGUAACUAGUAACAAAUAACAAAUAACAAGUCAAAUACAAAGUUCAAUAUUCGAUGUUCAAAGUUCAAAACUGAAUAAAAUUAAGUACUUUACACAUAAAAUCGACAUAUGAUAUAUAUUUUGUCUUCGUGAAUAUAGCACUUAACCCCUGUAUUUUUUGAUAUUACCCAAUUAACCCUAGAAGUUUUAAAAAUUAUGAAAUAGACCUGUCAACUAGUCACCACCUAGACCUAGCCGACUAAUCCCCGGCUAGCCAAUUUAUCCCCAACUAAUCCCGGACUAACGUUCAAAUCACAUGUACCCUAAAAUCUAGGCAUUGGGUGGUCACCUAGAGCCAGCCGACUUUUAGAAUACUGUGAAAAGUAACAUCAAGAUGCCAAUGCAAAUUUCUUCUCUUCACAUUUAUGAGUUUUUUCGCCCAAGACAAACAUGUUCUGCAUGGCUAAACUUUUAUUACAACUUUCAAUUCCUCACUAAUCAGCUUUGUGUCAAAAUGUUCUUGGAGUACAACUUGCCUUGGCUUCCAACAUUGACAUUUAAACUAGUAGUAAAAUGUUUCACUUGUAUUUAUAAAGAUUUUUUUACCAACCAAAUUUAAAAGUAAGCUGCAGGAGAAGCUAAUAGUUUAUUUUGACUCCCAAGAAUUAUAUCAAAAGGAUAACUUGUGGUAAACCCUGGGAUCGUCACCUUCGCAUAAUC